AUCAUGUCAAAGUGACUUUAAAAAAAUACAUUUCUAAAUUACAAGUACUAUUUAAAGAAAAAUGGCUGAAGAAGAAGAACAAACAGCAAAGAAAGAUAAAAAAGAAAAGAGCACUAGAGUUCACGUAAGAAUAGGCAAACCAUUUCCCGUGCACUGUUUCGAGAAAGGGAAAAAAUCAAGCUGGUCUAAUUAUUUAUCUGCCCUACCAACUAUUCCAGAGAAAACAGGUAAAUACACCCCGAUGCCAUACACUUUCAGAUUACCACCAUCCCCUAAGCCCAUUCAAGUGAAAAACGUAAUAGCCAAAUGUCCUCCGUUCUAUGUUCUUCUGGAUCACGCCAUAGCCGUGAUAUGGAUGGUAUUUUCCGGUGAGAAAUACGACUGUCCUUUAGGCAUUGCUCAACUGCAAUGGGCCUUGGCUUUCUUAAAAACUAUAUACGCUAGGACAGGAGAACGACCAAAAGAUGUGGAGGUGUGCGUGGAAGCAAUCGAAGAUAUUCUUAUAGACCGUUACGCAGCUUUGUCCAAAGAAAUUGAUAAAGUGGACAAAAUCAAUGAACGUUCCGACUUCACUGACGGAGCUCUUCAUUCCAAAACUGUAAAGAAAAUAAAUCUGGACAAAUUUGUUUUCUCCAAAAAUUACGAAGACCUUGCAGCUCGAAUGGAACCUGACGAUCUUAGCAAAGUCCCUUCUAUAACAUCUGAAGCUGCCCAAGAAGAGUUAGACAACCUAAAGAAAGCUGCAGGAGUGGAGUCUAUCGAAAAACUGGACACGGUAUCGAAAGACAAGGCCGUUAAUGUUUUGAAGAUGUGGUACCAGGAACAAACUGGAAAGAUUAAGGAAGAAGUGAAGAAGCUCAAGUCCAUUCAAGAACAAAUUCAACAUGUUAAUAAUGCAAACAUAGACUUUUUGGAUGCAGCGCAGAUGGAAACGUUCUUUGAAGAAUAGUUUGAUAAUUUUGUAAAACUUAACAGUUACAAUCAUAUAUAGUUUUAAAGUUUUUUAUUAUAUUACUAAGGUCAUACGGAAUAAACAAUUUA